AUCAUAACUCUCGGAAUAAGUUGUACAAUUCUUUUAAAAUACAUACACGGCCAAGUAACUUUAUCUUUCUCUCUGCCAAAAAACCCUAAUUUCACUCGAACCAAAUCCAUCUUCGUGCGUCUUAAUUUUCAAGAAGAGAGUUAAUCCCUGUUAUUUUUGUGGAAUAUUGCGGUAAUGGCGGCAGCCACAGCGAUGCAAACGAGCCGCGGUGGCGGUUUGAGGAGGGGAGCCGGCGGAAUGGAGGAAGACAAGAUGGUAUUUGAAACGACGGAAGGAGUGGAGGCAAUCACGAGUUUCGAUGGGAUGGGAAUAAAGGACGAUCUGUUGCGUGGAAUUUAUCAGUAUGGAUUCGAGAAGCCGUCGGCCAUACAACAGAGGGCCGUCAUGCCUAUAAUCAAGGGCAGAGAUGUAAUUGCACAGGCCCAGUCUGGUACAGGCAAGACCUCUAUGAUUGCCCUCACUGUUUGCCAGAUGGUCGACACUGCUUCCAGAGAGGUACAGGCUUUGAUUUUGUCACCUACAAGGGAAUUGGCAUCUCAGACGGAGAAAGUGAUACUGGCAAUUGGGGAUUUUAUAAAUAUACAAGCCCAUGCUUGCAUUGGAGGCAAAAGUGUUGGUGAAGAUAUUAGAAAGCUAGAGAAUGGAGUCCAUAUUGUAUCUGGAACUCCGGGCAGAGUCUGUGAUAUGAUCAAGAGGAGGACAUUGCGUACUAGAGCUAUUAAAUUAUUAGUCCUUGAUGAAUCUGAUGAGAUGUUGAGCAGAGGGUUCAAGGAUCAAAUUUAUGAUGUGUACCGAUAUCUUCCACCAGACCUUCAGGUUGUCUUGAUAUCUGCUACCCUUCCUCAUGAAAUCUUGGAGAUGACAACCAAGUUUAUGACCGAUCCUGUAAAGAUUCUUGUGAAGCGUGAUGAGUUGACUUUGGAGGGAAUCAAGCAAUUUUUUGUGGCAGUGGAAAGAGAGGAGUGGAAGUUUGACACACUAUGCGAUCUCUAUGAUACCCUUACAAUUACACAAGCUGUUAUUUUCUGCAACACAAAGCGAAAGGUGGAUUGGCUAACAGAGAAGAUGCGUGGCUACAACUUUACUGUCUCAUCAAUGCAUGGAGACAUGCCUCAGAAAGAAAGAGAUGCAAUUAUGGCAGAAUUUCGUUCUGGUACAACCCGUGUCCUUAUUACAACAGAUGUGUGGGCUCGAGGACUUGAUGUUCAACAGGUUUCUCUUGUGAUAAAUUAUGACCUUCCAAAUAAUCGUGAGCUCUAUAUCCACCGUAUCGGACGGUCUGGUCGUUUUGGACGCAAGGGUGUAGCUAUAAAUUUUGUGAAAAACGAUGAUAUCAAGAUUCUCAGAGAUAUUGAGCAGUAUUACAGUACUCAGAUCGAUGAGAUGCCGAUGAAUGUUGCUGAUCUGAUUUAAAGAGAUGUUUAUUAUUUCGGUUGGCUGAAGGGAAAUGAUGGGAGUGAUGCAUAUAAUUGUGUGAUGGAUUUUUCUGGGUGGUUGCAUUGUGUUUUUUCUGAUGAUGAGGUUGUACCACUUUCCCCAAAAAUGCUGGAUGGUGUUUAACGACUUUACAAAUGGUUUUGGUGACAUGAAACUUACAACUAGACUGUUAACUUUCUUUCUGUUGAUAAGGUUAAGUGAUUUAGAUUUAUUGCACCUUUGCAAAUUUUAAAUCAAAUUUUUAAGUGUGAUGAAUGGAUUGUGAA